AUAUGUGAUGCACAGCGUACUAGCGUACAUAAGUAGAUAACGAACACAGAGGUCGGAAAUACGAUUUUCGUUUCCUGAAAUGGUGAUAAAAACAUUUCCCAGGAAUGUGUGUGUCCUAGUUGUGAAGACGAGAUUAUUCGAUAAGCACCAGUUGUACGAUAUGCGACGGCGGAAGAAAAGUGUUACGAUCAAUUUCUUCAGUAACAUGUCCGAGAUAUCCGAAGAAACGGAAGAGUUGUUGCUGGCAGAAGAAAGACUCUCGGCGAGAUCGUCAACAUCAAACUGUAGCAAAGAGGCAGAAAAGGAUACCCAGAAGUCAGAGGAGAGCAAGCCUGAGUCUGACACGGCUGAGUCCGAGCUGUCGGACGAUGACAGUGUCUCCUCAACAGGAACCGGAAAAAGAAAAUACACCGAAAAAGAUGUCAUCGAGGAGUCUUCUGCUAACCCUCUUAUUGAUAAACCGGAAGAAAUCAAUGACCCACUGGUAGGAAUGGAAAUGGAUCAAUUUAACAAUUUUCCCUCCGACCCAUGUCCUGCCCCGUGUGACGGAAGCUCUAGCACGAAUCAAUAUGAAAUUCUAAUCAACUGUACGGUAGCAUCAGACCAGCUAGGUUUGUCUGGGAGGUACUUCAUGGAGGUCCAUCCUCUCUCCCUGGAUCUUGUGGAAUGUGAUACAAUGAAGAAAGUCCACAGUUGGAAAUACGGACACAUUCAGAGAUUUGGGUACAACAAAUCAACUAAUGAUUUUCUAAUGGUUACGGGACGCCGGAGCAAAUUAGGAAACGGUGUUUUCGAUUUCCACGUAAAAGGAGACCCUCGAAAGAUAAUAGAUUCAUUACAAAACAAGCCAGGGUGUUCGCUGAGGUUGGCUGAUAGUUCCAAAAGAAUAAGUAAUAUGAUAUAAGAUGAGGGAAUAGGAAAAUAAGUUGUGAAAGUCUAGAGGUUGUGAUUGACCUUCAAUCACAAAUAUUGACCGGAGAAGUAGACUGUGCUCAUUACAACGCUGUGUUCAUCAUUGUUUAUCAUUAACAGGUGUUCAUUACACGAUAUUCUUCUCUAUUCUUUUUUAACAUUGCACGACAAUCAAUAGAAUAUGUGUUGUUUCUUUACUAUUUGAAAGUUAAUCAGAUGAACAAACACGAGACAUAGAAUUUAUCAGAAUCACAUUGAUCACGUCACGUUCACAUGUGUAAAAUGUUAACUCUUGGGAUGCUGACGUCAUUUUGUAAUAGAUGGAAUCCAAGUGUUGCGAAUACAUGGAUAGACGAGGAAGUUGAACGGUGUGCAAGUAAACAUUUCUUCUGAGUAUUAAUAAAAAAUGACCUCAUUCGUUAUGAGAUCUGACAAUUUCAUUUUAUAAUGGUUUCCAUUCAACCAAAAUACGAUUUUUACGUAAAGCAUUUACUAAACAAUCUAGCAUCAAUUAUUCCCUAACGAAAUAAUAUGCAGUGUAGUUGAGAUCUGUCUUUCAUUGUCCUUCAGUUUUAUUAACCUUUGAUUGAUUUUAAAGUAUACAUCAUUUGAAAGAAUGAGAUUGUAAGAAUUGUAUAGAUAGAUAGAUGAUAGAUAGAUACAGUACAAAUUUUGAAUAGAUUUAUUUUUAUCAGGUUAUAAUUCAUUGCUACUCUUUUGAAUAUUGUUAGGUAUUUGAGUUUCUCUGAAAAGUAUCAUAUAAAAAAAACAAUCCUCAUGUCUGUGACGUACGUUUUGUAAAUACUUUUUAAAUGGCUGUAAACAAUCGGUAUUUGACGAUUAUAAAUAAAUACACAAUUCAU